CGGUCUCCGUGUCUCCUGCAGCUCCUAACUACCGGCAACAAUGGCAUCACACGGUUUCUGGUCUCUUGGCGGAGAUAAUGCUGGGGCCAAUACCGGGAGUCAGAGCCCCAGUACGCCCAGGGCUUGGUGCCAAGCGGCGGCCCAGAAAUUAUCCGGAGGAAUUGGAUCGAAAUUAUGUGCGCUGCUCAAUGUCGGGGAAGUGGAGAAACCCGCCGAACCGGCCGUCAAGCAGCCGCCACAGACGGCGGCUGAAACCUGCGGCUGCAACAAAUCCUGCAACUGCACCAAAGCUGCUGGAGGCUUCUCCGACCUCUAUUCAACAGACCUGCUACCUGCUAUGGACGGUGAUACCAAAACAAUGACCUUCCUGCAGGAGGUUGUGGAUAUUUUACUGGCCUACAUCGUGGAGUCUUUCGACAGGGAAACGAAAGUUAUUGAUUUUCAUUAUCCAAACGAGCUGCUUCAGAUGAACAACUGGGAGCUGCAGGAGGAGCCGGCUACUCUGGAUGAUAUCUUGAUCAGCUGUCGCGCUACUCUGAAAUACGCCAUCAAAACAGCCCACCCCAGGUACUUCAAUCAGCUCUCUACAGGAUUAGACAUGGUUGGACUGGCAGCGGAUUGGCUAACAUCCACUGCCAACACCAAUAUGUUCACCUAUGAGGUGGCGCCUGUCUUUGUGCUGCUCGAAUACGUCAGUCUGAAGAAGAUGAGGGAGAUCAUUGGCUGGCCGGACGGAAGAGGAGAUGGCAUUUUCUCUCCUGGUGGUGCUAUUUCUAAUAUGUAUGCCAUGUUGCUGGCCCGCUUCAAGAUGUUCCCUGAAGUGAAGGAGAAAGGAAUGUCAUCUGUUCCCAGACUGGUGGCCUUCACAUCCGAACAUAGCCAUUUCUCAAUCAAGAAAGGCGCGGCCGCUCUUGGCAUCGGGACAGAGAGUGUCAUCUGCAUCAAAGCAGAUGAAAGUGGUAAAAUGAUCCCAGCUGACCUUGAGAGGAGAAUACUGGAGGCGAAACAGAAGGGUUUCGUACCUUUCUUUGUAAGUGCAACUGCAGGAACAACAGUGUACGGAGCCUUUGACCCUCUCAUCGCCAUCUCUGACAUCUGCAAAAAGUACAACAUCUGGAUGCAUGUGGACGGUGCGUGGGGAGGAAGUCUCCUCAUGUCCAGGAGACACAGAUGGAAGCUGGACGGCGUUGAGAGGGCCAAUUCAGUAACAUGGAACCCACACAAGAUGAUGUCAGUUCCUCUGCAGUGUUCUGCCCUGCUGGUCCGAGAGGAGGGUCUGAUGCAGAACUGCAACCAGAUGCACGCCUGCUACCUCUUCCAGCAGGACAAACACUACGACCUUUCCUACGACACUGGAGACAAAGCCCUGCAGUGUGGACGCCAUGUGGACAUCUUCAAGCUAUGGCUCAUGUGGAGAGCCAAGGGCACCAUUGGGUUUGAGGCUCAGAUUGACAAGUGUCUGGAGUUGUCGGAGUACCUGUACAACAAGAUCAAAGACAGAGAAGGCUACGAGAUGGUCUUUGAUGGGAAACCUCAGCACACCAACGUCUGCUUCUGGUACCUCCCUCCUGGGAUACGCUACAUGGAGGACAAAGAGGAGAGAAAGAAACAUUUGCACAAGGUGGCCCCGGUGAUAAAGGCCAGGAUGAUGGAGUACGGGACAACCAUGGUCAGCUACCAACCGCAAGGGGACAAGGUCAACUUUUUCCGCAUGGUGAUCUCAAAUCCCGCCGCUACCUUCGAGGACAUCGACUUUCUUAUUGAGGAGAUUGAACGACUCGGCCAAGACCUAUAAGACUCAUCUCACCAAAUCCUCCUGUACUUUUCCCCCUUGACGGAUGAAUUGUUUGUCGUGAAUGUACUGGUAAACAUUUUCUUUUCUCUCUCUUUCCUCCAAAGUCACAUAUUUAAGAGUAUAUUUGAGAAAAAAGAUCUACAGAUAUAUCUAUAUAUUAUGUAUUGUAGCUUUUGCUGUGGACUACCUCGGUCCAAAGCUAUGUAAAAGUGCUUCUGUCUGCCUUUCCUAUAGUGUAGUAGCUCCCAAAGUAGUGUAAGUGAUGUAACUUUAUAUGUACUUUUUUGUGAUAUGAAAUGCUUGUGCAAUAGGUCAAUGAGGAAGAGUUUAUUUUUCAAUCAUUUCUCAUUUGCCGAAUAUGUUGUUAAGUGCCAAAUGUGGCUGUGUUCUAUUGUAACUUACACUUUAAACUUCUGGUUUAAAACAAAAAAAAGCACUUCACCUUACCUCAGCUUAAUCAACUGCCUUUACAUCUGCGCUUAGUACUUCAAGCAGUGAUUUUUGGACAAAAUUCUCUCGACUGGUGACAUAUAGCAGUAUCCCCGUAGAUUUGGAAAUAUUGACAAGAAAAGUAGGCGAGGAAAAGUUGAUUUUGAGGACUUUAUUGAGGAUUUCCAUCAACAUUACACAACAAAGCAUUUAUGAAAGCAUGUCUGUCCAUUUUGCAUCACCUUAUGCUCUUUGAAAAGAUGGUUUUGCAGCUUAUGAAGCUAAUUUACUGUAGUUGCUUAUUACUUCUAACACUGUUUACUGUUUUUAGACAUGAUUCUUUCCAAUGUAUUUAUGGUGGUGAAGGCUUGUUAAACCCAUUUUCUUUAUGUCACCAGCUACACGCACACAUCAAAAGUUAUAAUCCUUAAGAUUUUCAAUAUAGAAUGGCCAACAUACUUUCAGCAAUAGCCAUUCAAUCACUUUGCUCUGUGUAACUUCCUGUCUAUACAGUAGUUUUCAUUUUUACUUGCCCUGUGCACAAUUCCUGCGUAGGAUUUCUCAGGAAAUGAUGCACACACACACUAGACAUGAUGCAGAAAACUAAAGCUGGUGCAUGCAUGCAUCUCACCUGAUGCACAAGGAAAAGUUUGAUCAGUUCAGUAUGCCUGACGAAAUUGUUGACUGCCUUCUUUAGUCACAAUGUGACAUGAUAAAUCCUAGUUUUUUGGAUUUUUUGUUUUGUUUUGUUUUGUUUUUGCUGUAAACAGAUAAAAGUUAACCAAUUUCUGUUGCAACUUUUGUUUCUGGGAAAAUGUUGUUUUGGGCCAGUGGGUGUUGUAUAACCUGCAAUUCCAACUUUGGCCACUACAUCAAAACCUAGUGAACAGAGCAUAGACUAUAUAUAAAGAUGGAAGUAGAAA